GCAGGGGCGACCCAGUUUGUCUUCUUCCUCCGGACCAAGACGGGACGACGCCUGCUGCCCCGCCUGCUGCUCCUCUCUCCAGCUCGUCUUCUUCCUCCGGAUCCAGAACUUGGAUAGGGCUCCAUGGACCUGUUCGUGCCGCCGCUGGGCGAUUCAGAAAAGAGGAUUAGCAAUGGGCAGAUGGGGGUACUGCUUUUGCGCGCCCUAUAGAGUCCCAGGCAUCUAUCAGCGUCGCCGAGGGCGACAUUCGCCGUGCCGGAGACAUCUGCAGCGGCGGCGGAAAUGCAGGAUCUGUCGGCGAGGACCGGCUUUUGCAAGUGUGCUCGGAGGCUACCAGCGGAUGUACACGGAGGGUCAGGAUCAAGAAAGCCCCUGCUGAGCGAGAACUAAAUCCUAACCGCAGAAGUGCUCUUGAACUACCCAUGAGGGCGUUCAUAAGUAAGCGAGAUGGCAAUGUAGUCAACCCAGCAGUCGGCACUUCGUUUGAUUCACUGGAUGAGGCGUAUCAAUUCUAUAAUUUAUAUUCGUGGGAGGUUGGAUUUGGCAUAAGGUAUUCGAAAAGCAGGCUGAAUGUGGAGAGGGUCAAGUGCAUGCAGGAGAUUGUAUGCGGAUGCGCGGGUAAACCGGAGAGGGAGAAUACAAGAUCAACUAGGUGCGGCUGUGCUGCCAGGAUCAGGCUGCUGAGGUCGGAUGACAAUGGAUGGUAUAUUUCAGAGCACAGGCCGCUUCACAACCACUCGCUGUCAAGUACUUGGCGAGAAAAUGCACUGGCCUUCACACAGGCUCAUUGAUCGCUACGCUAAAGAUCUUGUUAGGCAGCUGAGAGAAAACAAUGUUAGCCUCGGAAAGGUUUUUAGCAUAGUUGGCAGUUUUUUUGGAUCAGUAGACAAUGUGCCAUUUACAAAAAAGUCGCUGAGGACGCUUUGUUGCAAGCUGAACAAAGAACAAUCUGAUUCAGAUGCCCGGAAGACAAUGGACAUACUUGCAGAGAUGAAGGCAAACGAUCCAGAAUUCAACUAUACUAUCCAGGUUGAUGAUGAGAGCAGAAUAAAAAUACUUAUGUGGGUUAACAGGCGCAGUGUAGAACAGUACAGGUGUUUCGGAGAUGUUGUGACAUUCGAUACAACAUACAGGACAAAUCUUUAUGAUAUGCCAUUUGGAUUGUUUGCGGGAGUCAACAAUCACUUCCAGAGCAUUAUUUUUUGAGGUGUCAUGUUGAGGGAUGAAAAGGAGGACACAUUCAAGUGGGUUUUCCGUGAAUUCAUUAGGAUGGUUGGCGGCAAACACCCACAAACAAUUUUAACAGACCAGGCGCGAUCGAUGGAGUUGGCAAUAGAAGCCGAAAUGCCCAACACAACCCACAGGUGGUGUAAAUGGCAUGUGCUGAAGAAAGCGAAGGAAUCUAUGGCGCCUUUGUGGAGCAAGAAGUCUGAUUUCAAGAGUGAAUCCCACAAGCUGGUGCAUCACAUGGUCACAGAGCAAGAGUUUGAAGAUGGAUGGUCUGCAAUGCUUGAUAAAUAUUCACUUAGGAAGCAUCCGUAUCUGACUCAAAUAUAUGAGGUGCGGCAUAAAUGGGCAAAGCCGUAUUUCAGAGGUGUUUUUUGCGCGAAAAUGACCAGUACUCAACGUAGUGAAAGUGCCAAUCACAUGCUUAAGAGUUAUGUCCCGCCAGGGUGCCCAAUCCAUUUGUUCAUUAAACAAUACGAGAAGCUUCAGUUCGAUAGGGACUCUGAGGAGAGUUUCCAGGAGAAACGGACUGCUCUGAGUGGUGUUCUGUUGAAAGUAAAUCUCCCAAUUGAGAGGCAUGCUAGCAGGAUUUACACCAGGGCAAUGUUUGAGCAAUUUGGCGAUGCUCUGUACAAGGCAGGGGCUUAUGAACUGGAUGUUGCUGUACCAAAAAAGUUAUACAUUCUUACUCAUGUGGAUGCUCUCUCUCGUGAGAAAUGGAGCAAGGUCCAGUUUAAGGUUGAGGUUGAUGAUGAUCAGGCAUUUUUCAACUGUGAGUGUUGUAUUUUCGAGCACUCUGGAAUGGUGUGUUGCCAUGCACUCAAGGUUAUGAUCGAGCUCAAGUUGAGCAAGAUACCAGAAAAGCACAUAUUGAAGCGAUGGACUAGGGAUGCCCGUGAUAUCCUGCCUGAUCAUCUCGUUCGGUACCAGAAGGACAAAGGGCCACAUGGCUUUGACACUUACCAUUUGCGGCGAAAAGGGUAUCAAUCCCGACAAAAGCCAUUACCUAUUUGCGUGAACACUAUUCAGAUUGAUGGAGAAGAACUUUCACUACUAAUGGCGUGAGACUGAUGUUGUUCAUACCUUCGGUUCGGCCAUGGAUGUCAGCUCCUGUGCUCGGCCAUGGAGUUCUACCUCCUAGCUCGCUGGCUCGUUCUUCCUGCCUCUCUGGUGCGUCGUGCGUGGGUGGGUGGGGGGAGGAUGGUUGGAGAAGAUGAACUGGGCGGCGGAUGCAGUAAUUUGCGUGAGAUGACUAGACCCCCUGAUAAGAAUUGAUGUGUGGUGGGCCAUCAGGUAACUUUUUGCACGUCGAGACGUGACGAAAACAGUGUGAUGGCAGCUGUUCCAUCCGGCCCAUCGCGAAUCUUGACCUCCACGGCCCUAACAAAUUACACGGUGUGCUGGUAAAAACACAAACAUGUUUAAUUACCGAGGCACAAAAUCAUGUUGGGGCCCAUGUCCAAAACAUGAUUCUGAUUGUGAUUUAAGAAGGGUUAUUAGAGUCGUUGGCCAAAAAAAAGUGUUGGUACUUGACUGAAGCUGGACGAUGGACAGCUGGUGCUCUUUGAUUGAAUCUGGUCCAUCUCGCCCU